UUUAGUUCAGCCUGCUUGUCACAGCGGUUACUGGAAAUGACACACGGGAGGCGGUCGAAUGGCAAACAUGUUAAAAACAUGUGCUAUAGCUACGAUUCAUCCGGAAUCCACAUUUUCAUCAGAUUUAUAUAAUAACGCGAUAUAGGUCAUUUUCAUUAAUAAAGGACCGCUUAAAAGACCGCAGUGUCAAAUGGACGUCGACGGCAUCUGAAUGAACCCAGCAUAAUUUCUAGCCAACGGACUGAAAUAAAAUAUCUUUAAUGUGUCCAAGCCUGGUGGUGUGUUCAUUCCGUCUACCAGCCUUGGCGAACAGCGGUGUUACUGUAUCGGUGGACGAAAGUGAUCAGAGCGGACUCGGUUCUGUCCUUAUCCACAGCAGUAGAAGUUGCGCCGUGAUUUGUAUUUCCCUUCCCCAUGUUACUGCAAAGAGCCAUCUCCACAUUUCCCUUCCUCAUGUUACUGCAAAGAGCCAUCUCCACAUUUCCCUAAUGAAAAUUCAUCUUUGGAACGGUUCCCGGGACGUGACAGAGAUUAUGUCGAGUAAAAGUGUGGAAUGGCUUCAAGAAGAACUGGAGUCCGGGCUCGGGGUGAGCUCACUACUGCUGUUGGACUGCCGAUCUCACGAGCUUUACGAAUCGUCGCACAUUGAGUCGGCCAUCAACCUGACGAUCCCCGGUUUGAUGCUGCGGAGACUGAAGAAGGGGAAUCUACCGAUCCGGUCCAUCAUCCCCAACAACGAGGAUAAAGAGAAAUUCGUGAAGCGGUGCAAGACAGACAUGGUUCUUCUCUAUGACGAGGCCACUACGGACUGGAAGGAGACCGGGGUGGCGAGCUCUGUUCUCGGCUUGCUGUUGCAAAAGCUCCGAGAUGAAGGUUGUAAGGUGUUCUACCUGGAAGGUGGCUUCAACAAGUUCCAGACCGAGUACCCUGAGCACUGUGAGACCAACCUGGACUGUUCCUGCCCCAGCAGCUCCCCGCCGGCCUCCGUCCUGGGUCUGGGCGGGCUGAGGAUCAGCUCUGACUGUUCUGAUGGGGAGUCAUCGGACAGGGAACCGGUCAGCGCCACCGAGUCCGAGGGCAGCCCUCUCCCCAACAACCAGCCUGCCUUCCCUGUCCAGAUCUUACCGUACCUCUACCUGGGCUGUGCCAAAGACUCCACCAAUCUGGACAUCCUGGGGAAGUAUAAUAUUAAGUACAUCCUGAACGUCACGCCCAACCUGCCCAACAUGUUUGAACACGACGGAGACUUCAAGUACAAACAGAUCCCCAUCUCCGAUCACUGGAGCCAAAAUCUCUCGCAGUUUUUCCCAGAGGCCAUUUCUUUCAUUGACGAAGCUCGUUCCAAAAAGUGUGGUAUCCUGGUGCACUGCCUGGCGGGGAUCAGUCGCUCGGUAACGGUAACCGUGGCCUACCUGAUGCAGAAGCUCAACCUGUCGCUCAACGACGCGUACGACUUUGUGAAACAGAAGAAGUCCAACAUCUCACCCAACUUCAACUUCAUGGGUCAGCUCUUGGAUUUUGAGAGAACAUUGGGUCUCAAUAGCCCGUGUGACAACCACACCUCCACCAAUGACCAGCUGUUCUUCACCACGCCAACCAAUCACAACGUGUUCCAGCUCGACACGCUGGAAUCUACAUGAAG